AUGUGCAAGGUCAUCAACACGGUCCGGUCGCUCGCCUGGCUGCGCCGCAUCGUGCGGCGGUGGCGCUCCCGAGCGGCGGCCUCGGUGCGGCCCAACAAGGAUGUGCUCGAGCUAGACGCCGCGGUGCCGGCGGGGCACGUGGCGGUGCGCGUGGAGGGCCGCGGCGACGGACAGUCGUCGUCGAGGCGGUUCGUUGUGCCGGUGGCGCAGCUGAGCCACCCGGCGUUCUGGGAGCUGCUCCAGCAGGCGGAGGAGGAGUACGGUUUCCCGUCGGCCUCCGGCCCCCUCGCGCUCCCCUGCGACGAGGACCACCUCCGUGACGUCCUCCGCCGCGUCUCGUCCUCCGAAACCGAGGAGCGCGGCUCCUUCCGCCGCCGCGGUGUCGUGGCGGCGCCGCACGAUGACUCGCGGCCGCUGCUGCAGGGGGUGGCCGUGAAGAAGCUCGCCUCGUGA